AUGUGUUUUGGUAUCCUCAAAGCAAGGUGGGCAAUCAUUAGGGGAGCUACUCGUAUGUUUGAUGAAGACAUGUUUCAGAGUAUUAUGACGACGUACAUCAUCCUCCAUAACAUGAUUGUGGAGGAUGAGUAUGAUUAUGAUGAACCAGAGAUGUUCGAACUCAAUCCCAUGAAUACAACAUUGUCAAUAAUUUAUGAACGACCUGUAGGAGCAAAUGGACAACCUCUGGAGCAUGAACUGUUGAUUAAAGGUUAUCAUUACAACAACCGUAUGAUUAACCUUUAUACGGAAAUGCAAUCUUCUUAUGUUCACGAAAGAUGUCAAGUUGACUUGAUCGAGCACUUAUGA